GGUUUGUUUAACCUUGACUUACCCUUGUGGAUGUGUGCGCGUCGUUAAUGUAUUUAGAUGGAGUUCAGGGCGGUGGCCACGGUGAAUGAAUGAUGGCAGCCUUUUUAAAGGUCUGGUAGGCGGUGCUGUGUUUACACCAGGCCCGCUCCGCCCUGCACGCCGCGCAUAGAAAACUGAUGGUGGGCCGCUGGAAGAGGCGAGACAAGUGCAAACCGGGAUGUAAGCACGAUCGUCGGACUUAUGCUCCCUCCCCCGGCUCGUCUGUAGCAGCAUCCUCCUUCUCCUCCUUCAUUUUUACCAUCUUUAACAGCUCGGACGAAGUCGUUUUUAAUUUUUUUUCAUUUCCCCUUUUAUUUUUUGGGGGGGAGCUCCAUGGCUGCGAUACUGGCGAUGAGCGACAGCGGACAUGAGGAGCCCUUCUUCCCGCUGCACAAGGCGUCCUUGCCCGCAGGAUUCCACAUGGAGGACUCGGCGUUGUUCGGCUUGGAGUGCAAGAUGAGCGAGUCGGACCGAGUCGGACAGAGCGACUACACACAGCUUUCGUGCAAGUCCAGUAUGCAGGUUUCUGAGUUCAGCCUUACAGGCAGAGGGGGAAUGUGGCAGCCGCCUAUUGAUGACUACUUGGCCAAGUGUGAGAUGGACCGCUAUCUCUCCCCUCAGCUUCCUGACAGUCAGAAGUCCCAAAGAGAUGGCGCCACAGGGGUGGAUCCUUUCUUCGGAGAGGCGCAAGAGGGUGCUCCCUACACCCUCAAUAUGAAUCUUUACCUCCCUGACAUGACCUACCUGAGGACGGGAUUGGCCCAAUUGCCGCGGCCCCCUCAGCCCCACGAAAACCUGCAAGUCCAAGUCAAGACAGAAACGGCGGCGCCGUGCUUCUCUCAGAACCUCCAGCCUCACUGCCCCAGCACGACACCCACGAGUAGCUGCAGCACCUCCGGGCACGCCCCUGCUGGUAUUGCCAUGGAAACCUCCACUGUAAACAUGGCAGGGUUGCCAGACUUCACCAGCGCUUUCAACCAGCAGGGAGGCGAGCCCCUGGUGCCGGAGGUCUUCAUCAAACAGGAAAUGUCGCCCGGGUUCGAGCAGCUCCAGCAGCACGACAGCGGCGCCUCGCUCUUCCAGCUCCUGAUCUCCGGCUUGGACCAUCACCACGGCGACGGCAUGGAAGCUCAGCAUCAGCACAUGCAGCAUGCCUUCCGCACCUCCCAGCAAGAUCAAACUGCAAAGUCUUCCUUCUGCGGCGGGCCCCCUUACUCGCGCCCCCUCGCCCAGACGCAUGCCCACUUUUUCCAGCAGCAGCAGGCGCCCUACCUGCCGCCCUCGCCGCCCAGCUCCGAACCUGGCAGCCCCGACAGGCAGAAGGAGCUGCUCCACACCAUGUCCCCGCCUCCUUCUUAUGCGGCCACCAUCGCCUCCAAGAUGGCGGGCAGCGCCCCCGGACUGGCACCCGUCCCCCACCCAUCAGGGGCGGCUCCCGUCACAGGACAAACUGCUGCGCCGCUUCCCCAUGCCCCCGCCGCAACGCAGGCCUUGACCCCGGUGCGCUACAACCGCAGGAACAACCCGGACUUGGAGAAGCGGCGGAUCCACCACUGUGACUACCCAGGCUGCAAGAAGGUCUACACCAAGUCGUCCCAUCUGAAAGCUCACCUCAGGACCCACACGGGUGAGAAGCCCUACAGGUGCACGUGGGAAAGCUGCGACUGGCGCUUCGCCCGCUCCGACGAGCUGACGCGCCACUACCGGAAACACACGGGCGCCAAGCCUUUCCAGUGCGCCGUGUGCUCGCGCUCCUUCUCCCGCUCGGACCACCUGGCCCUGCACAUGAAGAGGCACCAGAACUAGCACUUGACCUCGUAUUUAAAAAAAGAAAAGAAAAAAAAACACCCGCCAUUUUUUUUCCAUUUGCAGCUCCUCCUGGUGGUGCUGCCCGGUACUUUCCUGGUAGGUGCGCUGGGAACAAACGUGGAGGUGUGUAAAGUAGAACCAUAUACUCGAUACUGACUCACUUUCUACGGGAGAACACAAAGCGGGGGUGGGAAAAAAAGAUGUUUGCAGUCCUUUCGGGCUCUUGAAAGCACUUAACCCCCCCACUUUGAACUCUCUGUUGUUCAUUUGCAAGCCAAAUUUGUGUUUACACCGCGUUUUGUUACUUCCUAUUACCAAACCCUUUGGUUUGCACUAGAAAUGAGUCAAAUAGAGCUGAUCGUUCAUUCAUGUGGAGGCAAAGAAGGAAGGGAGAGGGCGGACUUAUGGAAGGAUUUUUUUUAAUUUUUAUUUCAGCCAGCGAACAGGGGGGGCAGGGGGAUUUGCUAAAGAGCAGCAAUUAGGUGAUCAAUUAUUCAUUUUGUCUUUUAGCGAGCAGACAAAAAAGAAAUCCGCUCACCCUUUACGGCGUAUCUUCCGAGCUUCUUGUUUUAACCAAAGUUCACGUCCUCCACCUUAUUCAAAGUGCCUCUAGUCUGCUUUGUGUUGAGUAAAGAAGCGGUAGCUGCGACGCACUGAGACUUUAAACAAUCACGGUGCUCCUUUGGCUUGUUCUUUUUUUUGUACACCGAUUUCCCGAUCAAAUGUUUCCUGUUUGUCCGCAGCGGCCGUCGCAUGUCGCUGAUUGCGUGUCUCGUGUUCACCCACCUGCAGGUAGCAUCCAGAGAAUAUAGCACUGUAACUGUGUCAUCUAUUUAUUUGUGUACAAGUGGGCUUUGUAUCACCUGUCUUCUUUGCCCCGCCCCCCUGCAAAAAUGCCUUAAUGUAAAUACAUAUUGAUGCACUGUAAAUACACUUUUUGUUGUUGUUUUUUUAGCUUUGUUUUGUAAACAAAAGGGCAACAGGAGGAAUUUGCCCUGCAUUCAAACCGAUUUUUGUUUUCAUGCAACUGUUUUAUAUUUUUGCCUUUUUUUUUCUUUCAUUGGUAAACGUUCCAAAGACAAAAGUUGUUGUUUUUUUCCUCUCCAACUGAGUGAAACCUAAUAAAAAUCA